UAAUACUAUUCGAUUUCGAGUUUUGAAGCCCCUCACGAAUUUAUGUUCUGAGCGCCUUGAAAAGAGCCACCCGCCCUCCCCCGUCCUAGAAGCAAACGUAGAAUUUCCACACCACCGAGAACCCUCAAUAAUGCCUCCCAAGAAGAACGAGAAGGUGCCGGCUGGCAAGAAGCCGUCGGCCACCAAGCUUGUCGAGGAUCGAACCUUCGGCAUGAAGAACAAGAAGGGCUCGGCGGCGCAGAGGCAAAUCGCCCAGAUGGCGUCCUCCCUGAAAUCCGGCAACGCGGAACAGAAGAGAAAAGAGGCCGAGAAGGCGGCGAGGGAGCGCGAGAAGAAGGCCGCCGAAGAUGCCAAGCGCGAAGCCGACAUGCUCCUCAACAAGCCCGCCCAGAUCCAGAAGGUUCCGUUCGGAGUCGACCCCAAGACCGUUGUCUGCAUAUUCUUCAAGAAGGGCAACUGCGAGAAGGGGAAGAAAUGCAAGUUCUCCCACGACCUGGAAAUGGAGCGGAAGACGGAGAAGAAGAGUCUGUACCAGGACACUCGGGAGGAUGUGGAGGAGAAGAAGAAGCAAGAGACGUCUGCAGACUGGGACGAGGCCAAGUUACGAACGGUUGUCCUGUCAAAGAAGGGAAACCAGAAGACAACGACGGACAAGGUCUGCAAGUUCUUCAUCGAGGCGAUCGAGGACGGCAAGUACGGGUGGUUCUGGGUCUGUCCGAAUGGAGCCGACAAGUGCAUGUAUAAGCAUGCCCUCCCCCCUGGAUUCGUCCUGAAAACGAGGGAACAGAGGGCGGCGGAGAAGGCUCUGAUGGACAAGUCUCCACUGAAGACCCUCACCCUGGAGGAUUUCUUGGAGUCCGAAAGGCACAAGCUCACCGGUACCCUGACCCCGGUGACUCCGGAGUCUUUCGCCAAGUGGAAGAAGGAUCGUAUGGACAAGAAGGCUGCGGAGGAGCAAGCACGGAAAGCCAAGGAAGCAACUGGACGUGCGCUGUUCGAGAGCGGCAACUGGAAAGUGGCCGGUGACGAUUCGGAUGAUGAGGACGACGAUGCCUGGAACCUGGAAAACCUGCGGCUGGAGACUGAAAAUUUGCGGCAGCAGAAAGAAGAGGAACGAUUGGCCAACCUCCAUGGUACUCCUGUUCCUGUCUCCAAUGGCAGCAGCGAUCCUGAGCCGGCACCUGAUACGUAAAGCAAUAUCAACGCUUUCGCGCUUCAGUCACAAAACGAAAAUCAGGACUCGGAAGCCGCGCCAUCCAGGGCACUUCGUCCAAGAGGCGAAGGCUUUCCUGCCAUUACCUGGACUGCCG